AGGGCAAUAACUUCUUCAGCGGCUGCUGGUAAUUCUGACAGGGGUCAUAGAAAAGCCUAAAACUUAAAAAAAGAAAAAGCCUUGGGGUUUUAAAGAGUAUACUAUACUCCUCCUUGCCGUUUCACCCUGAGCGUCCAAAGUACCCGUUUUCCCGUAAUGCUAACUAGUUCUUAAUCUUCUGUCAUCUUAUCGAAGACCUUGUCCUUGUAAAAUGGAAUAGAGAUUUAUAUUUGCAACAGGGAGGAUGAUGUCAUGUUUUGGAAGAGUUGGCUAUGGAUUGAAGGCAUAUAUGCAAACAACCAAGCCUCUAUUUGUUUUUCAUUUAAAUUUUAGUUUGCAUAGGCAGCUAGUAGAAUCUGAAACAGUUUGAGAUAUGCUUUGAUACCUCAGGGAUAAAGGGCAAGAGUCCUAUUUGGUAAUCUUUAUUUACGUAAUUAGGGCCUGGGAAUUUUGAGCCCUAAUAUUGGAAUGAGAGUAUCAGUAGUAGUUUACUACUUUCAUAACUAUCCUUAAAACACUCUAAGUUGCAUAUUGUAAUUCUGAAUAGUUUUACCGUGGGAUAGCUGCAUAAAACACAUAAAAUUGUAUGCAUAAGAUAUAAAUUACACAUUCAUUAUAAACAUACACAGAAUAAAAUAUAUAGACAUAAUACAUAAGCUACAGUUAACCCAUGCAGCGCCUUCUACUGAAAGAUUGUUGUGAGUGCCUUCUUAAAAAACAUUACCGCAGCAAAUCUAAUCAAACUGAAUACAAGAAGAUUUCAGGACCUAUAUUUUCUUCAACUCACCUGCCAGUACAUUCGAUUUAGUAACAUAUUCCUUUUUCAAGAAAAAGAUUUUCUGUUCCCUUUUGCUAGGUGGAAAAAAGCACGAAUAGAAAAAAAUGACUAUGCGAAGUAAAGAGUCGAAAUACUCUUUCUACCAAAGAUGCUUCAUUAUUCAGUCACAAUUAUGUUCAUAAAGAGCCAUAAUUUCCAUAUCAUCAGGCAUUUAGAGGGCUGGAUUUUUUAAUUUGGAGUUAGGCCCCUAUUCAGCACAGCAUUAACUAUGUUUAACUUGAAAUACGUUAUUCCUUCUGCUGAAGGCAUUUCAUCAUUAAAAUUAAGCUUUUAGUUUGGCUAGUCAAAGCCUUAAAAAAAAAAAAACAAGUUUUUUGAUCUGUAUGCUAGUGUGGAAGUGUUCUCUAUUCGUUUUACAGGAUCCUGCUUUCCUCUUUCUUGGAUGUGUUGUGAGGAUUAGAUCUAUGUUCGCUUGAUAUCUAAAUGACAAGCUAUUGCUCACGCGCACUUACAACCUACUGGUUUCUGUAAACUAAAAUCGGUUUGGCAUUUCUUUGUGUGUAAAUGAGAGAAAGAAGGAAGGCGUGAAACGGAUGAUGAGAAAGAAGAUCAUUACAUCCUGCUCUGGGGAGUCUAGGGAGCGUGCAGCUCCUCUUGCCCAACUCUGUAUGGAUACAGACUUGAGAAACCAAACAGGCCCGUAUUAAUGCAGCUUUCACGUAUAUGUUUAUAUACACCUAUGCCUAUUUUUACCCAGAUUAAGGAGAAAAAAAAAAUGAAAAAGCAGUAAAGGUCCUGAACUUGGCCCUUAGUUGCCAAGGAGGAAACUCUUAAGCUUUGCUUUGAAACUAACUUAGACACCUCUUGUACAUCUUCAACGUAGUAGCCCUGUCAGACUGCCUUUGCCCCGACGCUGUCAGUUCUAUAAAAUACCAUUAUAAAUACCCUCUUUGUCAGAUCUUCCUUACGCUAACGUCGAGACAAAUAGGUUGGCAAAAACAGCAUAGCAGGCUGCAGCUGAAUUCUGGACAGCAUGAGCUAAUAGCUAUGACAGUUUCUUUUUUAGCCUGUGGGAGGAAGGUAUUAUCAUAACAGGUGUGAGGUAGCAUAUGUUGCAGUUUGGGCUUUUGUCGUGGGAUUGUAUGGUUUGUUUACAUGUCUGAUUUCUGUAGUGCAUUGACUUAUUAUAGGUCUUUUUCAGAACUCAGUUUUCAUCUCAUACAGAUAUAGACGUUUCCAUUGUGUGGCUCUCUGAAUCUGAAACUCGCAUCUAUUCUAGAAAUGAAGAGGAAAAAGAAAAAAGAAAAUACCUUUUUUAGAGAAAUUUUCACAAUGUAAAGUCUAAUUAUACUUAGUAUAAACUUGCAAUAGACAGUUGACUUCUUAUGCCCAUUUUUGAUACAUUUUAUCCACUGUAUUAUUUGUAUUCUUACUAAAAAACUUUUGCAAGCCCCAAAGAAACACCAUCAACGCGUUCCCGUUUGUUUGACUCUCCCUGUGAUGCCCACGCCGUAUAGGAAGAAUAACACUACACUUUUAGAUGUUUACUUGUACAUUGGAGAGUGCAGUUGGGUUAAUUUCUAAAAGUCCAAAAUUGCAUACUUUGACUGUUUCUCUGUGCAGUCCAUUGGGGCGAACUGCGUACAGAGAUCUGACGCUUUAGAUGUCCAAGAGCAGUACUUCAGCAUGCCUGGGUUCCUCCAAACCUUGCUCAGCCAUUGCUAAUUUUUCAUUCACGGACAUUCAGGACCACUUGAAGCUCAUGCCUGAGCUUUGGUGGCGUUCUCAGGCCAGGAGCUGCCCUGUUCAAUCCAGUUCAUAUGGCAAUAGCAUACGUGUUGCAUCAGACUUUGCACAGAAAAUGGACAGGGAUGCACUCGGGUGAAUCUGAUCAGCUGCUCAUCACCACUACACCCAAGAGCCUGCUAGUUUAGAUGUUCACUCGGCAAACGGAAGAGUAAGUUCAUGUACCUGCUCCAGUGAAUACGGAUUUAUUUAAAGUGGAACGGCAUCACUGUGUGGUAGGUAUGGAGCCUUGUCCGCAGUUCAGAGCUAUGAAGCUCUGGGUGACAGCAUCUGGAAAUCGGAUAUGGUGUUGGAGCACUCCAAGUCCCUGUAUGGACAUAACCCUUUUCUUCUGAUUUUUGCUCGGAUUGGGGAGAGGGACAUAAAAUAACAGAGAAAAGAAGCAUUUCAAACAGGAUAGAGCAUCUUUUGAAACAAACAUAGCACCUGAAACAUUUUUUUUUUUUUAAGAUGACUGUAUUUAAUUAAACCUUUUAACUAUCUUGUAGAAUAUGGCUAGAUUCUGCCAUUCUUAUGCAGAAAUCCACAGGUGUCCCCUUGGAAGAAAGGAGUGUGGUAUUUCUUUUCAGGAACAGUUAGGUCAUACAACUCGUUAAUAGCAUUUGGAAUAAAAUUCAGAACGCCUGAUCGUAACUCCUGUCUCUAACUGCCAAACUAUACAGCUCUUCAGAAACUGGAUAUAUUUAAAAUCGUAGAUUUUCAGCAUUUAUACAAGUAGAGCAGAAAUGAUACAAAGGAAAAAAUAUAAUAGUCAGCUAUAAUUAAUCUAUAUGACAUAUGCUAAUAUCUACUGAGCAUAAACUAAUCCUUAUAAUUCUUUUCCAAAACUACGAUCACAUUAAAUGGCAGUGAAAGAAGUUGUCACUUUUGUAGAACCAUAAAUAUUUCCAGUUAUUUAGUAUCAAGUUUCUGGUAGUUUAUGGAAGUGCGUUUACUUAUGCCAUUAUAAAUAUACAGUAAUUAGUAACAGUUUCGCUUUGUGGAGAAUGUAAAUUUCUUCUAAAUAUUGCAAGAAGAUCAAGGAGCCCUCAGUGCACAAAGGCCCCAAUCUUCUCCCAAGUGUAAAACUAGAAAAAAUAGAGUUUAGGCAUUGCGUGAACACGUCAGAACAAAUGCACUGCAAGCAGCACUAUGACAGAUAGAUACCUUUUGCUUUGUUUAGCUCUGUCUCUGGGAAUAUUUUAUGUAAGUUCUAUUUAUUUGGCCCAGUGAGAGUGUGCUUAAAAGGACAAAGGAAUCUAGCCUGGGGGAAAGUCCAGUCAUUGUUUUCCAAGAUCACUCCAUCAACAAAAGGAAUUAGCUCUCUAAUGACCUAGCUCGGAACUGAAGGCACCAUAAAGGAGAAGGCCAAAAAUAUGCCGCGCAGAAAUUAAGCAUAUCUAGAAGCCUGUCAUUACGUUUAAUAAUCAGGCACCCCAAAGACAAUGAGCAGAGCCUCCCUGGGGCAAUCGUGCAGAAGCAAAUAUCCAAGGGGCAGGAAGAGUGCUAACUGUCCAAGGGCGUGUGUGUAGUCUUACAUAAUCCGGUUGCACAGCUCUGAUGUCAUUUUGCUGGUAAGUCAGAUACAACCAUUUGUAAAAACUACAAAACCAUUAGCUCUGCUCUGAGCUCUGCUGUUUGUGAACUGAACCUCUUUAGUGCUUUUAGGAAAGCAUAUCACGACACUAGAAAUAAUAGAGGUUUCUCCACUUAUGCUGAAGCCCAUUAAGUUUUGCCUUUUAUUUCACAAGAGAACAGGACGACGGCUUGUGAUAAGCUUACGUGCUAGAUCAUGGCUGCUGGUUGUGAAUUACUUUCCAACUGUAUGAGCAGACAGCUGCAUUGAUUUCACUGGUUCUCACUGUCCACUUAUAGGUUUGGAAAAUUACUAAUACAUUUAAAUCUUUGCAUGAUGAUUGAGGUCCAAAGUCUUCUUGUAAUCGCCAGGGUGACAGACUCCAGCUGAAGAAGGCAUAGAACUCUGAACUAAACUCAGGACCUGUGAAAUAAUCCCAUUCAAGUUGUAUGUUUUACGUAGUUUACUGAAUGGGGACCUCAAUCGGUGGGUGUGAUUUAAUGCUAGGCAAGUCAUUGCAAACGUUGCAGGAAAGCAUCAGGUACUAAGUGAAACUACUGAGAAACUAUGCUUAUCUACAUCAGCUAUAUUUAGCUAGAUAUUUUCCAAUUUCUAGGCUGUUUUGACCCAAUAUAAAGACGUAGCAGUCUGAAUGCUGCAUGUUCGAACUGCUGUACGUCUGUCUGCUGGUUCACUGAAACUUUCCUUUGCCUACUCUCAGAAUAGUUCUCAUCUUAGCAACGCUUGCAUUCGGACUGGAAAAUUAAAAAGGACAACUCAGUAUGUUAAACAAUUUCUAUCUCAAAUGAAAAUAGUUAAUACUACAAGAAACCAUGGGAUUGUCUUUCCUCUCUUUUUGCAGAAUAAGAUGUCUCAAACAAGGAGAACUCCCAGGCACUUUGUUCUCUCCAGCUACCCAAGUGGAGCACCAGGAGAGGAAAGUUACAGCAGCCUCCUAACAAUUCCAGACACCACACAGCAAAUGGAGUUUAAUAUCAGCACAGCUAUCCAGGUUGGCCAUCAGCUGGCAGUAAUUGGGGAUGAAUUUAAUAGAACAUACAACAGGAAGUUUGAAGAUACACUGCUUCACCUGGCUCGUGGGGUUGCUAUCAGUGUUUUCCAGACAUGGAAUAUUAUUAAAAGUGUUAUAAGAAGCCUUGGAAAUCUUUUGAGCAAUAACUGGACUAAGAAGAUCAUUGGUUAUGGAAGCUGGAUUUGUAGGCUUCCUUUCAGGUGUGUGUGCCAGAAGCUGGUGCCUGCAGCCUUGCUUGUUGUUGCUUUUUGGUGGACCAUAAAUUAUGGACUGCGGAAUUAAUACAGAGAAUUACAGGAGGUCAUUGCUGGACUCUGACCAAUACACUCAACACCCAGGUGGUGGCAGUCGGUUUGUUUUUCAAAUUUUCAUUGAUAAAAAUCUCUUUUAUAUUUAAAGCCUAGGCUAGUGCUGGGUCACUGCUGUUUCAUACCUUUUUUUAAAAGAAAAACAUUUAAAAUAAUACGAGGUUGUUGCUGGAUAACUGCCUGACUUGCUAGUUUUGAAAUGUGAGUCUGGGUGAUUAGAAAGUUUGUUUUUGUCUUUUUUGUUGUUUUGUUCUAAUGCAACAUACAGCAUCUACUUCAUAUAAACAACUUUCUAAAAAAGACUGUGGAUUUGGGGAAGACUGAAGGAAUGCUGGUCAUCCUUUAAAUUUUAACACUGUAAAAGCAAUAGUAAAGAUUAAAAUCAUGAUACUU